CAUUACUAAUAUUGGUACUCGUAAAAAGCAUUAAAUAUUUUGAAAAAGAGAAGGACGAAUGCACGAUCACAUCAUUCGAAGAAAAACUAUAAACAGUAAUGAAUUUUGUAUAAAUUAAAAGAGAGAAAAAGAGAGAGAGUGAUAUCAGUAGAAAAAAAAAAGGAAAGAAAAAAAAACCACUGAAGUAGAGCUCUUUCUUCAACAUUGAAAAUCAGAUAGUGAAUUUGUUGUUGAAAGGGAAAAAUGUCAAGCCACACCAAUUCCAACGAAGGAGAAAAUGGAAAGGAAAAGAACCUUGAUGAUGUUCAACCAAAGCAUAUCACACUUAAAGUGAAGGGCCAGGGUGACAAUGAGGUGUCUUUUAAGAUGAAGAGAACUGCCCCGCUUGAUGUUCUUAUGAAGCGUUAUUGUGAAGAAAUGAGUUUGGACAUGAAAUCUCUUGCAUUCCUUUAUGAUGGUCGCCUUGUUAAACCUUUCAACACUCCAGAAAAGUUGGGAAUGGAAGAAAAUGACCUAAUUGAUGCAAUGCUACACAUGAGUGGAGGGUGCUAAUUUUAUUUAGAGCUAAGCUGUAAUUAAGCCAAAUAUUGUUGAGUGAGUCCGUUAUGUGUUAAUUUCCACCUGUUUCAAAUUAUGUAGGGUUACAACUUACAAGUACUGCUGUUAUGAUCUAUAUAUGUGUGAGUGUGAGUUAGAAUGGUUUAAUUUCUAAUCUUUUUCUUACUUUUGAACAUGACACUACAUCUGUUUU